AUGGGACGAGAAGUCCCGGCCAAGACUGGGAACCUGACCCGGCUGGGAGAUAAAGAGUUGAGAGAGAUUGUGGAGGGUAUUUACUUUAGGAAACAUCCGAACCCGACUCCGACCCAUCUUCCCUCUCCCUCCCUCUCCACCACCUCGACGCCCUCUCCUCCAACCAAACCCCUCCCAACUCUUCCACCUCCGCCUCCGCCGCGACUCCCUUCGCUUCAACUCCCUCACCUCCCUCGCCUACAACCGCACCCGACCCGGCCCGGUUUGGGAGUAGUAGGAGGAGGAUUUUCUCGGGUCAAAAACCGGGUCGGUUUGGGAGUAGCAGCGUUUACAAGGGGCGCAUUGGAGCCAGACGACGUCGGAGCCGGUGUCGAGGACCAUGUAGAGGUAUUUGGGGGAAGAGUCGACGCCGAUGCGGGUGAAGUACUCGCCGCUGCCUUGGGAGAGGCCAGAGACUAUGGAGGAGCUGAACCCGGAGGAGGGUGGGCCAGGUCGGGUGCGGUUGUAGGCGAGGGAGGUGAGGGAGUUGAAGCGAAGGGAGUCGCAACGGAGGCGGAGGUGGAAGAGUUGGGAGGGGGUUUGGUUGGAGGAGAGGGCGUCGAGGUGGUGGAGAGGGAGGGAGAGGGAAGAUGGGUUGUCGCCCAAGAUGGGCUGGGAGACUUUGCAUCUAUUAUGGAUGCAGUCGACACGUUACCGGAGGACAGCCCCGACCGUUUUAUUAUCAGGAUCAAGGCGGGAGUUUAUGACGAGAUUGUGACUGUGGGAAAGAAGAAGCUGAAUGUGGUCUUUAUCGGUGAUGGAGUUGAUUCCACAGUGGUCACUGGCAACCGAAGCAAUGUUGGAGGAGUUCGCACUUUCGAAAGUGCAACUUUAGUGAUCGAGGGAGACGGCUUCUUGGCUACGGGGAUCACGUUUGAGAAUAGGGCCGGGCCGAAAGCAGAGCAAGCCGUUGCAGUCCGAAUCAAUUCUUACCGUACCGCAUUCUACAGAUGUAGGAUCGCCAGCUUCCAGGACACCUUAUACACGCAGGAUGGUGUUCAGUUCUUCAGAGAGUGCGAGAUCUACGGUACAGUAGAUUUUAUUUUUGGGCAUGCUAGGGUAGUUUUACAGAAUUGCUAUAUAUAUGGUAGACUACCGACUUUGGGUCAGACUAUCACUAUUACUGCCCAAAACCGAGACCCCACAUGCCUUAGUGGCAUAGUUAUCCACAACUGUGCGAUUAGUGCGACCAAAGAGCUUAGCGAGUCCGUAUUCCCUGUAAAGGUGUAUCUAGGGAGACCGUAG